UACUUGUGAUGUAUGGCGUAUUUUCAAGUAUUAUAUGCCACAGACUUUAACCGUAUAAAAAGCUUGAGGAAAUUAAAUUUCGUAUCAUUUGGAUUCGCAGUUCUGUGUCGAAACAUCGAAAUUUCAAGAUGAUGCACAGGGCACUUCUUACGUUGGCAGUUUUAGCUGCAGCAAGAGCUGGUUCAAUACCACAAUACUCACCAGCCACUUCGGUCUCUUCAGUCUACUCAUCUCUCAAUAAUGUCAAUACUGCAUCAAAGCCAAUCUACGAAAAUGCUGAAGUAUCGACGCAGGAAACAAGAGAAAACUCUUUAGGUGGACAGAAGACCACAUUUUCAAAGACAAUAACCACGCCAUUCUCAAGCGUCCAAAAAUAUGACACACGAAUCACUAAUAAUGCACUCCUAACCCACGCUGUCCCAACUAUAUAUUCGUCCCCAAUACAUUCAAUCCACACUCCAGUUUACUACAGUAACCCUUCGUACUCCGUUGCGACUCCUGUGGUUUCCAAUACGUACUCAGUACCUAUCACUUACUCACACAAUACCGUGCCAAUUGCAACCAAGACUUACUCGACUCCUAUUUUGACCAAAACAUCAGGGCUUACCUUCUCAAGCACUCCCAUCACACAAAACCAUGCCGUGAAAGUAACUUAUUCUGAAGCACCACUUGUUUCUCAUAUGACGUUUACUGGCCUAGGAACUAACUAUGCCUGGUAAUCUGUCAUGGUAAGCGCGACUGACUUAAGUUGAUAGUUAAGUUAAAUUAUGUUUGUCUAUUACUUAUGAAUUAAUGCUUAUAUUUAAUAAAUUAUGUUUCUUA